AUGCCCAGCAUGAAUUCUGACCAGCAUCAUCUUCACCAUAAUCACCCACAGCAACCUCAGACACACCAAGAUGAACCCUACGUGACCCUCCGAACAAGGGCGCCAAGGGGUGAUGGUGCCAGCAUGAGCAGUGCAGAUUCAACUUACGGCUCAGGUGCCGGUGUCUCGACGCCUUCUGCAACUCAUGACACAAGCCGUGUGAAUUUCCACGUCAAGAAUCUCGAGACGUUUGCAAAGAGUUUGGAAGACUCGGCUGGGCGAGCAUUUCCUAAUAGGGGGCGCUCCAUGCAAAGAUAUUCCAAAGUGCAAGUGCUGCUGCUUCACUGGAAGUCUGAUGAUCUUUUUGUGCUGCCUGAGCUUGAGGACCUAGAGCAAUGUAUGCGGGAAGACUACAGCUUCGAAACCGACAUCUUUGCCAUCCCGUCCGAGAACUCUCACCUGGAGUUGAUGCUCAAGGUUGGCUCCCUGAUUAAAGACCAUGAAAGUACAGACACCCUCUUCAUCGUCUACUACGGCGGCCACGCGAGGAUAGACGAAUCUAGGCAGAGCACCUGGUGUGCAACUCGCCACUCUGGCUCGCCAUGGCUGCAGUGGUCCGCCAUCCAGACUCUAUUGGAACGCUCGGUCUCGGAUACUUUAAUCCUGCUGGACUGUUGUGCAGGCGCUGCGAGCGCUACAUUCCCCAACGGCAAGAGCAUUACCGAGACCAUCUCGGCAUCUAGCUGGGACGCCAUAGCCCCCGAUCCAGGGCGCUACUCGUUCACGAAUGCGCUCAUCGAAGUUCUUCAACAGUGGAAAGUCAGGACCUUCUCGGCGGCAAUGCUUCACGCCGAGGUUUUAGCGCGCCUCAAACAUCCCAGACCCAUCACCAUAAACGGCAAGCACUUCGAGGCUCGCUCCACUCCUGUGCACUUCAUGAUGACCUCGAACCACAAAGCGCCCAGCAUAGAGCUGGGCCGCAUUGUGCCUGGGAACAGGCGUCCUCCCUCGCCUCCGGAUGAGCCAGACGCGACCAUGCCCCUCCCAACCGCCCCUAUAAGCUCGGGCAGGGGUGGUCCAGUGGAGGGUGCCGGCACAGAACCUACCGAAGAUCGACCGCACGUCAUGAUCUCGCUGGCCCUCGAAGAUAACCAGCAACUUGAUCUGGACGCAUGGGAGCAAUGGUUGGCCAGCUUCCCAGCGCUGGCCAAGUAUGUCAAGGUUCAGGGCGUCUUCAAGAGCCACUCGACACUACUCUUGCUGUCCCUCCCGGUCAUGAUCUGGGACUUGCUUCCCGAAGAUCAUGCCUGCAAUUUUGUGGCUUUCAUUAGGUCGAACAACAUGAUCAAGCCGACUACCUCGAGCGAGCCUCCCGCUGAGACCAGCGAUACGAGGAUUACCGAUACCGAUAGAGAAAGGCUUCGCGAUGAUGAAUCCAUUUUUUCAGGCACCACCCUGCCAGCAGAGGAUACAUUACCCCAACAUUCACGAGCUGAUCCGCUCGUUGGUGGGCGUUAUCUGCCCUACAAUAGUGACCGAACUCGGAUAGCAUCAUCACGGGACUAUAUUAGAUAUGCCCCCUCUUCAUCAAAGGCGCCGUCACAGCAGGCCCGGGAUGAUAGUUACGAAAAUAUCAAACAUAACGCAAUAAUGAACACGUCACGGAGCUCCAAGUGGACAGUAUACCAUCCGUCAGAGUCUGUGCCUGAGGCACCUCGGUUCAAUUCUCAUAUAGUCACCCGUCUUGAAGAGUACUUCAACAAUGAUCCCGAGCCGAGCAACGCUGCGACUGAAUAUUACGCAUCAAAUCUUGGUGCUCAGUCGAAUGACAUAAGUCUCUGGUUCUAUCACCGCCAUAAGAAGGAGCGAGAUUUAUACAGUCAAAACAAGCGCAAACUAGCUGGGGAACCACCGCCACCGAGGCAGGAGGCCGUACGCAUGAUCUUGCCAGGGCAUCUCAACAGGCUCUUGGAGAUUUACCCAUCACAGGUUCUCUUUUUCGACCUGCGACCCCCUGCCGACUUCCAGAGAUCUCACAUCCACCGUGCAGCCAACCUGCGGGCACCAGUGAGCUUUUUGGAGCAUUCUACUAUCGAUAUGAUCGAGAGCGCAUUCGCGGAUCAUGCCAGCCGCGCGACCUUUUCCAAGUGGUAUUCGGCCAAGUGUGUUGUCAUCUAUGACCGCGUGAUUGAGUUUCCUUGGGAGUGCCCGACCGCCGACGUCCUUUACGACAAGUUUAGGAGCAAAGGUUGGAGCGGCAGAUUCUUUGUCCUCAAGGGCCAUUACAGGGAGUUCUCGGCCUCGUACGACAAGUACAUAGUCGGCGCAAGGACUUCGACAGCCGCCAACGAGUACCUCGAAUCGUUGGAAAACAUGCCACCAACCACAGCUGACCAAGUUGUCGAAGCACAGGAUCAGUACGAAGAAUGGUUACGGCUUGUCGAGAACGAAGACCGCGUGCCCUCCACAAAUCUCACACCGGCAAAGCAGUCGGAAAGACUACGGGCUAUGCAACAAAACCAAGAGGCGCUGGAAAACGAGUUCCAGACACGAUUCCCUGAGCUGUCUAGGCAGUCCCUAGGAAAGCUUCCGCAGCAGGAAUCAUGGCCGAGGGACAGAAAGGAGAGGAUCGAAGCAUCUCAAGGACCACUAGUGGCGCCUCUAAGCCGGGCGUUGGAUAAAAUGCACGAGGCGGGAAUAUCGCCGCCGCCGCCGCCACCACCACCACCACCCUUGGCAGACCGCAAGGGCAGCAGCUACUCGGAUAAACUCGAAGGCGGCAGCGGGCGGAGCGGCGGCUACCCUCCCGACAAACCUGUCGGAGGCGGCCGGGGAGGCUACUCUCCGGAUAAGAUGGAUGGCGAGCAGAUGGAAGACGAAGACUUGGACGGUGGAGGUGGCGGUAGUGGCCCUGGCGAUCUGCCGAGUGGGCAGGCCGCGGUGAGCAUUGGAGGUGGAAGCGAAUCACCAAAGAAGCGGCAUCAACAACAGCAGGGGUUUUGGAAGCGAAUACGGAGCAGUAGAUCGUGA